UGUCUGCUGCUUUCCAGCACGGGAAGUUGCGCUUCCACAGAAGCUGGGCAUUUGAAGGUACCAACAAGAUGUCCUCGAGGUGUACUGUUCCUAUUAACAAUCUGCAACCUUGGACGUACUACAUGGCGAGCCUCGAAGGUUGCUCCGGUGAAAUCUGCAGUUCCGCAGUGAACACAACAUUGAUAACGCCACCAACAGAACUACCAAGACCCUCGGUGACCAGAGUUGAAGCCGCGAGCAACAGCUCGUUCGAAAUUGCCUGGGAAUUCUCGCAAAAUGACACCCGCCUGUACGACGGCUUCCGUGGGAAGUACUGUCCGAGUAACAUUGCAUCGUGCGUAGAGUUUGACACCAAUGACAAAAAUCUGACCGUGCACGGGCUCGAUCCUGGCACCACCGUCCAUGUUUACGUGCGAGCGCAGUUCAGAAGUUCGGACGGAAGAUUACUGGUUGGUUAUGUUGCAGCGGCGGCUGUUACUACCUGGAAAGACACCCCCGACCUAGAUGUCACACUCGAAACCAACGUUCAAGAUGAAGUUGCAACCUCUUUGCUACGCUGGGUGUGCGUCAACAGCAGCGUCGGUUACAUCCAGUACAGGGAAUUGGAGGGAGAAGAAUGGACCACAUGCAGUGAUUCGGCUGACUGCGAUAUCACUAUUAACAAUGGGCGGACCGCUGCGUUGUCAAGUGGAUACCUACGGCUGACCCACCAAAUACCGCGAGACUACUUCACGAUUUGGAUCCGCGGCUGUAAUGACCAUGGAUGCGGACGAGAGAGACAUUUGUCACAGAGGUCGCAGAGUGCAGGUCCACCUUCGCUCUCCACUGUCAUUAUCGUACUGAGCAAAUCUGACGCACUGCUCAAAUGGAAUGAGGCAUAUCCGAGUGGUUAUGAUGGCAUCGAAGUUACCUGGCGGUGUAAUGGCAAUAAAAAGACCUUUAAUCGCAUCAUAAUAAGUCACUUUAGCCAUUACGAGACCUACAAGGAGGCAUCGUUAAAAGGUAUUCCUGCCAACGCGGAACAUUGCAAGUUUCUUGUCUCAACGUACAGCCACCGAAGCGGAGGAAGGCAUUACGGUCCACCGAUGGAUGCCAUUCUUCAAUAACCAAGAGGCGGCGACGACAGCGCACUCUUGCGCACUGGCAGUCUGGGUCAUCCCUUGAGCCACUAUUGGAAAUAAAUACGACUUUGUCAUCAA